AUGGCGUCGAGGGCAAGCGGUCGCCCGAGGUUAGCGGCCGUGUCGUCGAGGGCGAGAGGAGGUGGCCUCGAGCAGGGAUCAGCGAGCGGUGGUGUCGAGGGCGAGCGACGGUGCCGUCGAGGGCAAACGGUGAGCCGAGGUCGCCGCGGUGCCGCGAGGGCGAGCGAAGGUGGCCUCGACCUCGAGCGAGAUCAACGGCAAGUGGCGUCGAGGAGACCGGCGGUGGCGCGAGACUCGAGGGCGACCGGCGGUGGCGUCGAGCGAGACGGAGAACGGACGGGCAAAGAGGUCGCCGCGGUGCUUUGUCGAGGGCGAGCGAAGGUGGCCUCGAGUCCUCGACCUCGAGCGAGAUCGCCGGCAAUGGCUUCGAGGAGACCGGCGGUGGCGUCGAGACUCGAGGCGACCGGCGGUGGCGCGAGCAGAGAUGGAGAACGGACGGGCGAAGAGGUCAGCCCACUGUCUGUCAAGGCGAGCGAAGGUGGCCUCGAGCAGAGAUCGCGGGCCAGCGCGCGUGGCGUCAAGGGAGACCCACGAUGGCGUCAAGACUCGAGGGCGACCGGCGGUGGCGUCGAGCGAGAUGGAGAACGGACGGGCAAAGAGAGAACUCAAGAAAACUAA